AUGCACCUGGUGCUCAAGUGUUGUUUCUAUUCCAGUAGCACCAGUGGAGAGUUUCCGAGCAUGAAUACAUCUGUCACAGCCAGGAGCACAGAACUCACACCAAUAAGUGCAGGUGAACAGCCCCAUCCUCUAACUUCCAAUAUGAAGAUCAUAAUCCUGAACUUAUUGAUCAUCAUCUUUGCCCUGGUCGGGCUGGCAGGAAACACCAUUGUGCUCUGGCUCCUGGGCUUCCGCAUGAGGAGGAAUGCCUUCUCCGUCUACAUUCUCAACCUGGCAGGAGCUGACUUCACCUUACUUUGUUGCAGUAUUUUGCAUGCCCUGGAGAAACUCAUCAAGUUGCUUGGUUCCAUCUCCACAUUCAUCCCCUACUUUUUCAUCACUGUGUCCGUCUUUGCCUACAUCACAGGCCUGAGCUUUCUCAGCAUCAUCAGCACAGAGCGUUGUCUGUCUGUCCUGUGGCCCAUCUGGUACCGCUGCCGCCGCCCCAAGCACAUGUCAGCUGUCAUGUGUGUCCUGCUCUGGGCCUUGUCUCUGUUGCUGAGCAUCCUGGAAGGGAACUACUGUGGCCUCCUGAAUAGGGAUUUACAUCGCUUUUGGUGUCCAGCAUUGGAUUGCAUCACUGUAGCCUGGCUAAUUUUGUUAUUUGUGCUUCUGUCUGGGUCCAGCCUGGCCCUGUUGACCAGGCUGCUGUGUGGCUCCCAGCGACUGCAGCCCACAAGGCUCUAUGUGACCAUCAUGUUCACAGUGCUGGUCUUCCUCCUCUGUGGCCUGCCCUAUGGCAUCCACUGGUUCCUCUUAUUCUGGUUUCAAGAAGAUAUUCAUGCAUUUGUUCAUCUUUACCAGAUAUCCAUUCUUCUGUCCUGUGUAAACAGCUGUGCCAACCCUGUCAUUUACUUCUUCGUGGGCUCCUUUAGGCAGCGAUGGUGGAAGCGGCAACAGACCCUGAGCCUGGUUCUCCAGAAGGCUCUGCAGGACACCGCUGAGGUGGAUGAGCAUGGAGGGAGCCUUCCUCAGGAGCCCCUGGAGAUGUCGGGAAGCAGUCUGGCGUCCUGA